CGUUUUUUAGCAUCAACAUUUUUAGAUGCAACGUUUUUUAGCAUCUUUAAUGUACCAGACCAAGUGAUAAGGAUGUUAGCAGCUUGUCUCAAUUAAUCCACACAGUGGCCCUAGGAGACAGAUACUCUUAGUAUACCCCACUUUACAGAGGCACAGAGAGGUGACAAAGCCAGUUUUGGGGUGCCCGGGUAGUAUAUGGCAGACAAGAUUUGAGCCCAGAACUGCAUGGUGUCAGAACCUGUGCCCUCAACCUCCUGUCUCCUGCUUCCUGGUAUGGGGGAUCUGAACGUGCUGGGAGGGGAACCUUAGCAACCACUGUUCAUAAGGUGUUUUGAAAUGUGACUGCUUGAUUUGGACCUAAGCAGGAUCCAUUGUGUGGUCACCAGGCCUGGGCACAGCCCUCUUGGGGUUUGCACCUUCCAAACAGGCCUCACUAAAAACACAGCGUAGCUUUGACCAUCUGUCUCUCUGCCUUGGUAGAGAUUACUGAGUUAAUUCACUGCUACUCAGAUGAUCUCCUUAAAACACAGUUCUGCCAUGCCACCCUGCCAUUUAACAUCACCCCAUGGUUUACCAGCAGUCUUAGGAUAAAGACCAACCCUUGAGUUCCUGCCUCUUUGCCCUGUGCCUUUCUCCUCAUCACUUCCUGGGUUCCAGCCACACUGGCCAAGCCCCCUCUUGUCAUAGAGCUUUGCACAUGCUGUUCCCUCUACCUGGAUUGCUUCUCACUCCCUCCCACUGCCCACCUGGUUCUGGUUAAACAUCACCCAGGCUCUACAUCCCUGUGAAAACCUUCCCCCACUGCCCUCAGCAGGUGAGCUCUCCGAAGUAUGCAGACCCUCAGCGUCAUGUGCUUUGAAUUAACAACCACCACCCCCCAUGGAUAGCAAGUUUCAGGGAUGGAAAGGAGCUUGGCACAUAGUAAGACCCCAAAAAUAAAUUGUGGAAUCAGUGAAACUAAUCGAGCUAAUGGUUCCUUGAGAGCCAGGCCUCUACACUUCUCUAGGUUGCCCUAAUGCAGAGGAAUGGAAUGCCCCAGAGGCCUCAGGCUCAAAGUGGCCAGGUACAAUUAGGACAUUUCUUUGACAUCUGGUAUUUUAUCCUUGAGAGUCAGAUUUUACAUUCUCCUCUGAGAUAUGUUUCUGUCCUAUUUCAUUAUUCAUUUCCCCUCCCUGCCCUGCCAUCCUUCAUCCUGCUUGGUGCUGCAGGACUAUGGCACCCACUUUCUUCUGUAGCUUUGUCUGCUUUUGGCAGGCUUCCAUAAACCCUAUGGGCACGAUCACCCAGUUCCAGAAGCACAGAUUUAGAGUUUUCAGAAUUCUGUCUCAUUUUUGACGCUGGCACCUUUUACCUGCUGUUGUUCAUGAUUCCAUUGGCUGCUUUAGGCUCAUAGCCCCACAUUUGGUGAUUUUUCUCUGUCUUGGGCCAACUGGAUUCCCUUGUUACACAUGGGAGCCAGUCUUGCUGGGUGUCCAGCCUGUCUCAGCACCCCAAAUCAACGUGCAGCCCCGUUUCAUCUGCAGGGCUUGUGAAACAUCUCUGGCUGUGGAGGGCACACUGGGCGUCGUAUUUCAAGCAGCACAGGAGAAAUUCGCGCCACGGCCUUUGGCCUGCUGCUGUCUGUGAUCUAUGGGCUGCAUCGAGGCCUGCUAGGGGCAGGGGACUUAUAUUUCUCCAUGGGGCCAUGGAAGCUCUCCCCGAGUGUCUGUCUGGGGAGCUGGGAUGUGAGGCACACACUGGAGACUCCUUUGUGCUGCUGCCGCCUUGGCGGAGAGAGGGAGUGUUUCAGAUGGAGAGGCAGACGCCCUCACCCACGUGUCUGAGGGCAGCACAGCCUCGGGCAGCAGGAACGGAUUUUUCAGGACACCUGCCAUAUGCUGCAGAGACCAGAGGGAAGAAAAGUUUCCAUGACAGCCUGAAAUCCUAUUCUUCCCUCCUCCCCUCUCCCCAGGCCAUUGUGGGCCACAAGGGGGAUCCCCUUGCCUCGGGAAGUUUGGAGAUCUGCUAAUUUGGUACCAAAUUAUUCUGAGAUAAGAAGAGCUGGGGUUCUUGCCCCCCGCCAUCUGUCAAUCUCACGUUUUUAAAUCUGCUUCCAGAUAGACAGGAAGGCCAGGCAUGGUGGCUCACACCUAUAAUCCCAAUACCUUGGGAGGCAGAGGCAGGUGGAUCACCUGAGGUCAGGAGUUCGAGAUCAGCCCACCCAACAUGAUGAAACCUUGUCUCUCCUAAAAAUACAAAAAAAUUAGCCAGGCCAGUCGGAUAACCUGAGGUCAGAAGUUUGAGACCAGCCUGAUCAACAUGGAGAAACCCCAUCUCUACUCAAAAUACAAAAUUAGCUGGGCAUGGUGGCGCAUGCCUGUCAUCCCAGCUACUCAGGAAGCUGAGGCAGGACAAUCGCUUGAACCCGGGAGGCAGAGGUUGCGGUGAGCCAAGAUCGCGCCAUUGCAUUCCAGCCUGGGCAACAAGAACGAAACCCCAUCUCAGAAAAAAAAAACAAUUAGCCAGGCAUAAUGGGUGCCUGUAAUCCCAGCUACUCAGGAGGCUGAGGCAGGAGAAUUGCUUGAACCCGGGAGGGGGAGGUUGCAGUGAGCCAAGAUGGCGCCAUUGCACUCCAGGCUGGGCAACAAGCGCAAAACUCCAUCUCAGAAAAAAAAAAAAAAAAAAAAACAGACAGGAAGCAGAGAUGGGAUUUUCUCACCUACCUACAGCCCCUUCUUCCCAGUCAAACAGGACUCAGCCAGGGGCCCAUGUCUGCGGGCCACAGGAGGAGGCAGAAGAAGCAAGAGCAUUUCGUCAUUCCACAGUGGACACGUGGCAAAGACACCCUCUCUCCCUCAGAGUUUAUUGUUUGCAUCUCCUACCUUAACACAGGAUAGAAAUGUACUAUAAAUAUAGUAUACAGAUCACUAUACUGUAAAUGAAGUUGAGCCUCCCUCUUUUAUAAUCUUUCAUCUUAUACAGCACCCCUCCUGCAAUGUUUUUUUGUUGUUCCUGUUGUUUAAUGAAAAGGAUAAUUUGACAACAUGGAAAUCCCACGAUUUCCAGGUGAGUUGGCUUUGGCAGUGCCCCUGAAUCAUCAGCAUCAGCGGCUGUGGCUUCCUUCCUUACUGUUCUGUUUCUACACGCUGGACCCCAUGCCAGGCACUUUACACACGUCACACGGAUCCUCACGACCAGCCUAUGCGGUCGUGCUGUCACCCACCCCUUUUAUAGGUUCAGAGAGGCCACGAAACUUGCCCAACUUGUAGUGUGGGGUUGUGUGUGUGGUUUUUUUUUUUUUUUUUCAGUAAAGAAAAAUACAACCAGGCACAGUGGCUCACACCUGUAAUCCCAGCACUGGGAGGCUAAGGCAGGCAGAUCCCUUGAGGCCAGCAGUUCAAGACCAGCCUGGCCAACAUGGAGAAACCCUAUCUCUACUAAAAAAAACCCCACAAAAAUUAGCUGGGUGUUGGUGGCUCGUGCCUGUAGUCCCAGCUACAUGGCAGGCUGAGGCUGGAGAAAUUGCUUGAGCCCGGGAAGCAGAGGUUGCAGUGAGCUGAGAUCAUGCCACUGCACUCCAGCCUGGGUGACAGAACAAGACCCUGUCUCAAAAAAGAAAAAAGAGAGAGAGAGAAAAUUCAUGCCACAAUAUAAAAUUCAGGAUUUUAACCAUUUUAAAGUGUACAGUUGAGUGGUGUUUAGCACCUUCACACUGUCUCUACUUCCAGAACAUUUUUAUCACCUUAAAAGGAACCUUUGUACCCAUUAAGCAGUCACUUGCCAUUUCUUCCUGCCCCCCAGCUCUGGCAGCCACUAAUCUGCUUUCUGUCUGUGUGGAUUCGUCUAUUCUGGCUAUUUUAUAUAAAGAGGAUUAUACAAUAUGUGACCAUUUGUGUCUAGCAUUGUUCUCUUCAUACAGAAUUUUGAAGGAUCAUCCAUGUUGCAACACGUAUCAGUACCUCAUUUCUUUUUUUUCUUUCUUUUCUUUUCUUUUUUUUUUUUUUGAGAUGGAGUUUCGCUCUUAUCGCCCAGGCUGGAGUGCAAUGGCACGAUCUCAGCUCAUUGCAACUUCCACCUCCCAGGUUCAAGCAAUUCUCCUGCUUCAGCGCCGCCCCUCAACCCACACCGCCCCGAGUAGCUGAGACUACAGGUGUAUCCCACUACGCCCGGCUAAUUUUGUAUCCUUAGUAGAGACAGGGUUUCACCAUGUUGGCCAGGUUAGUCUCGAACUCCUGACCUCAGGUUAUUCACUCGCCUUGGCCACACAAAGUGCUGGGAUUACAGGCGUGAGCCACUGUGCCUGGCCUUCAUUUCUUUUUAUGACUGAAUAAUAUUCCAUUGUAUAUCCCACAGUGUGUUUAUCCAGUCAUGUGUUGAUGGAUUUUAGGUGGUUUUCACCUUUUGGCUAUUGUGAACAGCACUGCAAUGAACAUUCAGUUGCUGCCUGGAGAUGACUGCAGUGUUGAGUCUUUGGCCCCAGGGCAUGGACCACCCUGAGGAGGGAAGGAGGAUUGGGGAGAAAGCCAGGAGGGUAAGAGGUGACCUUUUGCUAGGGUAGCUAGGCCUUAACUGUAAGAUCUUAUUAUUUUGUACAAGAAGUGUGAGAUACGUUUUUACUUUUAAAAACCUGAAAGAAUUUAGCCAGGUGUGGUGGCACGUGCUUGUAGUCCCAGCUACUUGGGAGGCUGAGGUGGGAGGAACUCUUGAGCCCAGGAGGUGGAGGGUGAAUUGAGCUGAGAUCUUGACACUGCACACCAGCCUGGGCAACAGAGCCAGACCCUGUCUCAAAACAAACAAACACAAAAAAACUGAAAGGUACAGAAGCACCUAGUGCAAAAAAUUAGUUUCUCCCCUUUGCUCACAGUCCCACUCUCAAAGUUUUGUGUGAAUCCUUCCAGACCUCAGCCGGGCGCGGUGGCUCAUGCCUGUAAUCGCAGCACUUUAGGAGGCCAAGGCGGGCGGAUCACUUGAGAUCAGAAGUUCAAGACCAGCCUGGCCAACAUGGUGAAACCCCCACUCUACUAAAAAUUCCAAAAAUUAGCCAAGCAUGGUGGCACACACCUGUAAUCCCACCUACUCAGGAGACUGAGGUGGAAGAAUUGCUUGAACCUGGGAGGCGGAGGUUGCAGUGAGCCAAGAUUGCACCACUGCACUCCAGGCUAGGCCACAGGGCGAGACUCUGUCUCAAAAAAAAAAAAAAAAACAACGAAAACAACACAAAUCCUUCCAAACCUCGAUGUGUUUUCAUAACUGGGAAAAUAAACUUAUUUUCACUUAUGAGGGGAGAAUGACUCAUAGAUUACACCCCUACACACUACCCAGUGAACAAAACUGCUAGAUUCCCUCUCCUCAUUCCUUUUCCAUUCUUCCUUUUUCUUCCCCAUCUAAUUGCAAUUCCAUCGUACUUUUUCUGUUUUCUUUCACUGUUACUUCCGGACCCUGAGCCUGAGCCUGUCCCUGAGAAAACAAGGUUUCUCACUGACUCCUCUGCAUCAAAGACCAGAGCUUUGUGUCAGGUCAUCGUUACCCACCGAGUGGGCUGCUGCAAGGCUUGCCAAGAAGGGAGCGACCCUGGCCUGCUGAGACAUGGUUGAUUCAUUCUGCAGUGACGUCUUUUGAGCCGUCCUCAGGAAUGUGUUGUAUCUACUGUGGAGCAGCCUGUGGUGGUUACUUCCUUAUCUCCCCUAAGCAGCAUGAGAGAUGGGAACUGGGUCAGAGGCACUUGCAGCUGGGAGAAGGUAAGUUCGAGGAUCGGGAAGACCACGUCCCCAAGUUGGAGCAAAUAAACAGCACGAGGAUCCUGAGCAGCCAGAACUUCACCCUCACCAAGAAGGAGCUGCUGAGCACAGAGCUGCUGCUCCUGGAGGCCUUCAGCUGGAACCUCUGCCUGCCCACGCCUGCCCACUUCCUGGACUACUACCUCUUGGCCUCCAUCAGCCAGAAGGACCACCACUGCCACACCUGGCCCACCACCUGCCCCCGCAAGACCAAAGAGUGCCUCAAGGAGUAUGCCCAUUACUUCCUAGAGGUCACCCUGCAAGAUCACGUGUUCUACAAAUUCCAGCCUUCUGUGGUCGCUGCAGCCUGUGUUGGGGCCUCCAGGAUUUGCCUGCAGCUUUCUCCCUACUGGACCAGAGACCUGCAGAGGAUCUCAAGCUAUUCCCUGGAACACCUCAGCACGUGUAUUGAAAUCCUCCUGGUAGUGUAUGACAACUUCCUCAAGGAUGCCGUAGCCGUCAAGAGCCAGGCCUUGGCAAUGGUGCCCGGCACACCCCCCACCCCCACCCAAGUGCUGUUCCAGCCACCAGCCUACCCCGCCCUCGGCCAGCCAGUGACCACCCUGGCACAGUUCCAGACCCCCGUGCAGGACCUAUGCUUGGCCUAUCGGGACUCCUUGCAGGCCCACCGUUCAGGGAGCCUGCUCUCGGGAAGCACAGGCUCAUCCCUCCACACCCCGUACCCCCCGCUGCAGCCCCUGGAUAUGUGUCCUCUGCCCGUCCCCGCGUCUCUUAGCAUGCAGAUGGCCAUUGCAGCUGAGCCCAGGCACUGCCUCGCCACCGCCUAUGGAAGCAGCUACUUCAGUGGGAGCCACGUGUUCCCCACCGGCUGCUUUGACAGAUAGGCCAUCUCCAGACCUCAUGAGGAAGCCUUGGAGAUCUGGGCAGGGGAAGAGGACACUGAAGAGGAGAGCUCAGCCAAGUGAGGCAGCAGGAGGCCAUCCCUGAAGAGCCUUGGAACGUGGAGGGUCUGUGCUCCUUUUAAAUAAAACUGACCCAGAGCAAAACAUUCAAUAACAUACCUCACCCGAGAGCAUUCCUCUGAGAAACGUCUGCCACUUGUGGCUAGGGUACAAAAGGAUGGCUUGGUGGCCAUCCCCCCACACAGGGGCCCAGUGAAUCGAGAAAGACUUGGUAAGAGGCCAGGAGAGUGGGAACUGGACACAGACCACUGAUCUCAAGCAUGUCCAGUUUUUAGCAUUAAAGACUUCUCUAUUCUUUGCUGAUGGCAGCUACACCACUGAAAAAGGAGGGGCAGCCUGGCGUGUUCUCAGGACCCCUGGAGGAUCCCGUAUUGGGUGCUUUUCUUUCCCUGGCUCCGUGCAGAGGGGCCUGAGUUGGUGUGUAUGCCUGAGCGUUUGCCUUGCGAGGCACAGUGGGUGGCUGUCUUGCCUUUGUUUUCAAACCUAAAACCCUUUUCAGCCUUUUAGAUAUGUCAUGUGCUGCUGCUUCCCGAAGAUGUCUUGUUUACACACUGUAUCAGGGAUUUGGUGAUACUUGAAAAUUCCUUUGGAGAAAAAAACAAACUUAAUUGCCACACUGCCUGUCCCACAUGAGGGCUGUUAAGUUGGAACCCAAGCUUGAACCCAACUUGUGAUGGACCCGCAGGUAACCACAGAGCUUCCUUUUUGAAAGCAUAUGGUUAGAGAGAACCACUUUCCCAGCUCUCGGUUCCAGAAGAUUCCACGUCUUAGAGGCUGUGUUCACCACUAGAACUUUAAUAACUACCCAGGGAGGGAGAAGCUCGUUGAAAGGAAGACAAAGAUUUAAACAAUUCCCACCUCUCUCCACCACAUACUUACAGUGCAUGAGUUUAACCCAGUCUCGGCUUUGAGUGUGGCUGAUAGUGAAGGAUAGCAAUGUGGAAAAUUUGCUUAGUCCCACCUGGAUUUGGGGAGUGGGAUGUACAUGGGCAUUUGAUACCAGCAUUGAUAGGCAAGCGGCUGGUUGGAUCAAAAGCCAGUAUUUAGGGAUCUGCAGCGAGAGGGCUCUCAGGAAGACUCUUGUAACCAUGUGCAAUAUGUUUUCAUUCUGACUCACGGCUUGUGCUCAGCAUGUUCUUUGGUUUAGUUUGGGGUUGGGGGACACAUCGUUCACCCAUCAGAACUGGGAGGUGCAAAGGACCGUGGAAGCAAUUUUUGUUUUGCUUGAGGAAUACCUGUCUUGGUUUCCUUAGCCCCUUGCCAGUCCUGGAGACUGUGGCAGGGGCCGCCAGGAAGGCAGCUGUGUGCUGCUGAGUCAGAUCCGAAGGUGGUGAAUCUUUCCAGAGCAGCUGAAAAUCUCAGCGUGGAGACAGUAAGAAAAGAGACGGAGUGUGGAUAAGACUCUGCCACCAUGUCACACUAGCAUAGGAGGCUGCACGUUCGUUUGUUGUUUUUCUUUUUUUCCUUUGCCAACCUCUGUUCUAUUUAUGUGCAAGCAGUUUGGAUUCAAGUUCUUGUAUCUGUCUGUUCUGGGACCUGGGGAUUGUGAGGGUUCCCUCACAGCCAGCACGGCCCCCAGAAGGAGGCAUCCCACAAUAAACACAUCACCUGCU